AUGGCCAUCUGGUGCUGGCACGCCGUCGGAAAUCCGAUGACCCCCGUGAUCGAAGAUAACUAUCGAUGCUGCUGGGGGACCGGAAAAUCAAAGUUUGGCUACAUUACCUGCCUCUGCGUCGAUUUGAUUCUUAUUCUUAUCUGUCUCUUCACUACUACGAGGGAGACGGGCCAGAAUCAGAUGGCUUUGAUUGUCAUCCUGGCCAUCACGAUCCCAAUCACGAUCCUCGGAUUCCUGCCAUUAAUGACCCUAAAACCAAUGCAUAUGCAAAUCUACUGGAUUUUAUACGUCAUGCAAAUGUUUGCUACGGUAUUGGUGAUCGGCAUCUUGAUCUUGAUCUUCUUCGUACUUCCGGAAAAUACCUUCAGCAAGGACCACCAUAUGGAUGUACCAAAGACUGUUGGAGGAAUUUUAGCCAUCUGUCUCCUGGCGGCCCUUGUCUUGGCCUAUGUUUUCUGGCGUGGCUCGGUGACCUAUUCGUAUUACAGAUACAUACGCGAUCGCCAACUCGCCAUCGAACACCAAGGCUCCAACCUCGCCCAUGCAGCCGAUAAUUUGGCUCAUGAUAUUGAAAAG